AUGCCCUCGCCAUCCCGCAACUCAAGCUCGAACAAGCUCCUCAAUGCAUACCAACUGGGAGAUUCGUUGGGGAAGGGCGCGUUCGGGCAGGUCUACCGUGCCCUGAACUGGGCCACGGGCGAGACCGUCGCCAUCAAGGAGAUUCAGCUCAGCAACAUACCGAAGAGCGAGAUUGGGCAGAUUAUGUCCGAGAUCGACUUGCUCAAAAAUCUGAAUCAUCCUAAUAUCGUCAAGUACAAGGGUUUCGAGAAGACGCCGGAAUAUCUGUACAUUAUCCUAGAGUUUUGCGAGAACGGUUCGCUCCAUAAUAUCUGCAAGAAGUUUGGCAAGUUCCCGGAGACGCUCGUCGGCGUGUACAUCGCGCAAGUCCUGGAAGGGCUCGUGUACCUGCACGACCAGGGUGUGAUCCACCGAGAUAUCAAAGGUGCGAACAUCCUCACGAACAAGGACGGAUGCGUCAAGCUCGCCGACUUCGGCGUAGCGAGCAGCACCGCAGCAGGUGCCGUCCGCGACGACGCCGUUGUCGGCAGUCCAUACUGGAUGGCACCCGAGGUAAUCGAGCAAUCCGGGGCGACGACCGCCUCAGACAUAUGGAGCGUCGGCUGCACGGUCAUCGAGCUGCUCGAAGGCAAGCCCCCGUACCACUUCCUCGACCCCAUGCCCGCCCUCUUCCGCAUCGUGCAGGACGACAGCCCGCCGAUACCCGACGGCGCGUCCCCGAUCGUGAAGGACUUCCUCUACCACUGCUUCCAGAAGGACUGCAACCUGCGCAUCUCCGCCAAGAAGCUCCUCCGGCACCCGUGGAUGGUCGCCGCGCGGCGGCAGAUCACCAACUCCGGCAGCGCGCAGGGCGGCGGCGGCGGCGCGGACAAGCCGUCGGGGGACGGGCAGCGGACGAACGGGAACGGGAACGGGGCCGGGCCCGCGGAGAGGAGGCCGCUGAGCAACUACAACUACGACGAGGCGGUGCUGAAGGUACAGGAGUGGAACGAGGCGCUCAAGUCGCCGUCAAGACCGUCGAAGCACCCGGAACGCAAUCGCAAGAGCUCGCUCGCAGGCCGGGCGGACUCUCCCCUUCCGUCGCCCACGCACAUGAUCUCCUCGGUACAGGCAUCGUCGUCGCUACAGGCGCCUCAGCAGUCCAUGCUCCUCACGACACAAGGGCGGAAGCCGGGCUCGCUACCCAAGCCGGGCAUGCCCGCCGCGCUGGGCCAUAUCCGCGAGACGCUGCCCAUGCCGUUCAUCCUGCAGGCACCCGAGGAGCAGACGGACAACUGGGACGACGACUUCGAGGAGGGCAUCUCGCUCACGAAGCUGCACGGUGCGCCGCUCGACAAGCCUCCCGUGGAGGACGAGAAGCACGAGGCGGACGACAACGCGCAGACGAUCCGCCCCGGGCGCAGUCCUGGCCUCGGGACGGUGCCGCUGCCGGUGGCGAAGGCGCCCGAGCCCCAGAUUGCUCCUAUCGCGGAGGAUUACUCGGACCUGUUGUUCGAGGAGGACGAGGCGAAGCUGGAAGAGAAGGUGGCCGAUUUCAAGAUGAAGAAUUCGGUGAGGCGCGGUCUCUUCCACCCCAACGACAUCAAGACGAUAGGCCUGCAACCGCCCUCCCCCGGGCCUAUGACUGCUCCCCUUCCCGGUCUCACCCACCGGCGAUCGCGUCCGUCGCUGAGCAUCAUCUCCACAGGACCCAACAGCGGACCGUCGUCCGCGCGGGGCCAUUCCCGCUCAUCGUCGUUCGUGGGCAACGACUCCUUCGGGCGCGAGCAGGCGAAGCGCCUGCAGAGCGACCUGGACAAGUACGCGGACGACGACGACGAGGACUACGAGGACGUGUUCGGGAAGGCGAACGGGCCCUCGGCGCAGCCGAUGCAGACGCUGCAGCUGAACACGCGCCUGUCGAACAAGUCGUGGCUCGGGGACGAGGACGACGCGGAGGACGACCCGUUCGCGGAGAUCGACGAGGGGUACGCGGAGGAGGACCUCGAGGCGAAUCUGCAGCGCGACAAGUACGCGCGGCUGUGCAACCAGGUCACACAGCUCAUCGACGAGCUCACGCCGUCCGCGCCGGACUUCCAGCUGAGGGACGCGUGCGACCAGCUGCUGAGCAUCAUCAACGACACCCCGGAGAUGCAGUCGCAGCUGGUGUCCGCGCACGGGAUGCUCGCUAUCCUGGAGGUGCUCGAGUCGAGGACGGGACGGGACGUGACGCUGAAGUUGCUGCAGAUCGUGAACGCGCUUGUCACCACCGACAUGGGCUUCUUGGAGAGCUUCUGCCUCAUUGGAGGGAUACCGGUCAUAAUGGGCUUCACCUCCAAGAAGUAUCCGUCGGAGUGCCGCCUCGAAGCGUCGCACUUUAUCCGGCUGCUGUGCCACUCUUCCGUGCUGACGCUGCAGAUGUUCAUCUCUUGUCGUGGCUUGAAGGUCCUCGUCGAUCUAUUGGACGAAGACUACACAGAGCAGUCCGAACUCGUCAUCCACGCGCUCAACGGCAUCUGCAGCGUCUUCGAGCUCCAGAGCCCGACUACGAAGAACGACUUCUGUCGGAUGUUCAUCCGAGAGGGUCUGCUCGAUCCACUGUCUUCGGCACUGCUCAACGUGAUGGCGGGCCGGGGAGAGAUCGCCGACGACAUGAACCGGAAGAUUCUGCAAAUCAUCCUUGUGUUCUGCCAGGUCUCCCAGUCUGAUAUCCAUGUGCGGAAUGCCCUCGGCACGCGCAAGAUCGUGCGGCGGCUUCUGAGGGCAUGCGAGCUGCUGGAGCCCGAGUAUCUCGUCCAGAUGCUCAAGGCGGUCAAGCAUUUGUCCAUGUCCACGAACACGACCAUUCUUGAGGUCCUCCAGAACGCGAACGCCAUCGAAAUCCUGGUCAAGAUUCUUGAUGAGCGGAGCUCGGGUCCGCUUGGCACGGAAAUGGCGAACCAUAUCUUCCAGACGUGUUACAACCUCUGUCGCCUCAACAAAUCAAGACAGGAGGAGGCCGCACAAGCGGGCAUCAUCCCGAGCCUCAAGCGCGUCAUCGAGUCGAGCUCGCCGCUCAAGCAGUUCGCGCUUCCCAUCCUGUGUGAUCUUGCCAGUGCAGGGAAGAGCUGCAGGAUAUUGCUGUGGCAGCACGACGGAUUGUCGCUCUACCUUCGACUUCUCGAAGACCCAUACUUCCAAGUCAGUGCGCUCGAAGCCAUCCUGUCCUGGUACGAAAAUGAGACGGCCAGGAUAGAAGAUGAACUCAUGAAGCCGGAGUCGUUAGAUGCGCUGCUCCGCUGCUUCGUACAGGCGAAGGCCAACUCUUUCGAGAACCUUCUCGACCCUCUCCUCAAGAUCUUCCGCCUCUCCACCAACAUCGCCAUCGGCGUCGCCAAGUCGCAAUUCUUCAAGCGGCUCAUCGACAAGCUAGGGUCGAGCAAGGCCGUAGUGCGGCUCAACCUCCUCCGUAUACUUCGGACGGUGUGCGACGUGCAUCCCAAUCGCGCUGUUCUAGUCGAACGUUACGGCAUCUACGACAUUGUGGCGAAGCUAAGCAAGGAGGACGUCGCCGUCCUUGUUCGGGAGCUUGCGAGGGAGAUCGUUCCCACUCUAGCUCCGGCGCUCAAGCCCUCGGCGCGGCUGUCAAAGGGCGUCGAUACGCCUAAGUCGGCUAAGGCGAUUGCGCCGAAGAGGAUGCGGCGACAUGCUUCGGAGUCCCUGGCGGGGACGCCUGCUACCAGCCACGGUGGCGUGGGCGCAAGUACGAACGGCAGCAGUCACUUGCGAACGUCGACGCGCAGCGGCGCCGGACUGAAUGGCCACGGUAGGUCUUCGAGGCAGCAGCUGCACGACAUACUCUGGCAGGGCCAGGAUCGGCGUUAG